AUGGCACCCUGGACGAAACCCGAGUCGUCGCCGGCCUCCAACGGCCAACCCUCCCGAGCAACGGAUGAGCGCACGCCUCUCCUCCAGGUCGACGAGCCAACGACCCCUCUGCCCAUCACGCAGCAGGACGCGGACGCCAUCCCGCCGAAUGACUUUGACAUCCUCCUGUCGCGGUCCCUCCCCACCUCGGGCCCCUUCCUCGAGCCCGAGUCGACCGUGAACCCACUCCUCCGGGGUCCCCGCCGCUACAGCACCGCCUCCAAGAACCGCCGGCCCUCGCUCGCCAGCCGCUCUGACCGCGAUGCUGUCGCCGACUCCGCCGCCGCUGACUCCGACGACGACCGAGACCGCGACUCGGACGACGCCGUCUCCGUCAGCAGCGCCGCCUCGACCCCGUAUCUCAACGGCAUCUCCCGCUCCCGCUUCUGGUUCAUCUUCGCCGAGAUCCUGCUGACCUACUUCAUCGCCUGCUUCGACGGCACCAUCAUGGCCUCGUCCCACCCCGUCAUCACCUCCUACUUCCACGCCUCCCACAGCGCCUCGUGGCUGUCCACCGCCUUCCUGCUGACCUCGUCCGCCUUCCAGCCCUUGCUCGGCCGCCUGUCCGACAGCAUCGGCCGCAAGCCGCCCUACGUCGCGACCAUGGUCAUCUUCACCUUCGCCACCAUGUGGUGCGCCCUCGCCCAGAGCAUGACGAGCUUCAUCUUCGCCCGCGCCCUCUGUGGCCUCGGUGCGGGGGGCAUGAUGACCUUGGGCAGCAUCAUCGUCAGCGACCUGGUCCCGAUCGAGAACCGCGGCGCAUACCAGUCGUAUAUCAACAUGAUCUACGGCGUCGGGUCCGCCCUCGGGGCCGCCCUGGGCGGCGCCAUGGCCGACCACCUCGGCUGGCGCUGGGAGUUCGGCGUCCAGGUCCCGCCCCUGAUCCUCUGCUGCGUCAUCGCCGUCAUCGCCGUUCCCAGCGACCUCGGCCUCGUCGGCAAGCGGGAGACCUUUGUCCAGGCGCUCAAGGCCUUUGACUUCAAGGGCUCCAUCCUCCUGACCACGUCCAUCACCUUCUUCGUCCUCGGUCUGAACCUGGGGGGAAACAUCCUGCCGUGGUCUCACCCCGUCGUGAUCGCGUCCCUCGUUAUCUUCGGCGUCUGCUUCCCCGUCUUCCUCUACGUCCAGUCCUACGUCGCCCGUCCCAUCAUGCCCCUCUACCUCGUUCGCCGGUCGCCGCGCAUGAACAUCAUCUUCUCCAACUUCUUCGCCGCCCUUCUGAGCAACGCCAUCCUCUUCAACAUUCCCCUCUUCUUCCAGGCCGUCCUCCUGACGACGGCCACCUCCUCCGGCCUGCGCCUUGUCAUCCCCUCCCUCGUCUCCUCGGCGGUUGGCACCGCAACGGGUUUCCUCAUCACCUACACCCGCCGCCUCAAGUGGCCUGUCCUCACCGGCGCCGUCGCUCUCCUCAUCGGCACCGUCGCCCUCUCCAGCAUGCGCCGCGGCUGGGCCUCGUGGGUCUACCUCCUCUGCCUGGUGCCCUCCUCAAUCGGCCAGGGCUUCCAGUUCCCGGGUUCCUUCAUGGCCAUUCUCGUCGCCAGCGAGCAGCGCGAGCAGGCUGUCGUCACGAGCACCCUCAUCCUCUGGCGCUCGCUCGGCAUGGUCCUCGGCGUCGCGAGCAGCAGCCUCGUCGUGCAGAACGCCCUCGUCGGGUAUCUCAACGAGUACGUCCAGGGGCCUGACAAGGACGAGGUCAUCCGCAAGGUCAGGGAGAGCGUCGAGUCCAUCGUCAAGCUGCCCGAGCUGUACCGCGAGCAGGUCGUCAUGAGCUACGAGGCGGCGCUGAGGACGACUUUCUUGUGCUGCACUGUGAUAGCCUUCCUGUCGGUGUGCCUGUUGGUCCCCAUCAAGCUGCCCCGGCUCGGCUCGAGGAAGUAA